AUGGUCAAACUCAAAACCAACAUCAUUGAUCAGCAGACGUCGAUUAGCGAGACUGAGAGUUACUGUGAAUAUCGCUUAACUCCUCUCUCUCUCUCCUGCUCUCUCUCUCUCUCUCUCUCUCUCUCUCUCUCUCUCUCUCUCAGUUUUCUUGCAACUCCUUCUUCAUGUUACUUUAGUGAUUACCUCUUUCUUCUGUCCAAUAUUACUCUCUCAGUAGGUUCUUCUUCCCUGUUACUCUAUAUUUAUAAAGCUGCCAUCUUUCUUCGCUCUCUAUCUAUACUUGUUCAUGUCUAUCUAUCACAAGCUAGUUUUAUUUAUCUAUUUUUGUAUCUAUCUAUCUAUCUAUCUACGAUAUCUAUCUAUCUAUCUAUCUAUCUAUCUCAGUCUGUUCUCAUCUAUCUACCUAUCUAUCUCAGUCUGUUCUCAUCUACCUAUCUAUCUCAGUCUGUUCUCAUCUAUCUAUCUAUCUAUCUAUCUAUCUAUCUAUCUAUCUAUCUAUCUAUCUAUCUCAGUCUGUUCUCAUCUAUCUACCAACCCUCCUUUGUAGCCGAUAUACUUUUAUAUAUCUGGUGGCUGUGA